UAAUACGGUGGAACCGCCCGGGCUGCAGUCCCGCCCCAGAGCCGGCAGGGAGCAGAGCUGCGGAGCCGCCUGGUCUCCAGCGUCCGUCGGUCCAUUCUUUUCGUCCUGUCCAUCGAACGCGCAUUGCAGGAGCAGCCACGAAGUAGAAGCCGACAGGAGUGAGCACUGGAUGCAGGAUCCUGCCAGUCCCCUGGGACAUGCAUCCUGUGGCAUGCAAGGUGGCAUGGCAGCGAGCACAGAUGUGGCUGGACUGGAGGAAAGCUUCCGCAAGUUUGCCAUCCACGGUGACCCCAAGGCCAGUGGGCAAGAGAUGAAUGGCAAGAACUGGGCCAAGCUGUGCAAGGACUGCAAGGUGGCUGAUGGAAAGGCCGUGACAGGGACUGAUGUCGACAUCGUCUUCUCCAAAGUCAAGGGGAAGUCGGCUCGGGUCAUUAACUAUGAGGAGUUCAAGAAGGCCCUAGAAGAGCUGGCAACCAAGCGAUUCAAGGGGAAGAGCAAGGAGGAGGCCUUCGAUGCCAUCUGCCAGCUGGUGGCAGGCAAGGAACCAGCCAAUGUGGGCGUCACUAAAGCAAAAACAGGGGGUGCUGUGGAACGGCUGACCGACACCAGCAAGUACACAGGCUCCCACAAGGAGCGCUUUGAUGAGAGCGGCAAGGGCAAGGGCAUUGCUGGGCGGCAGGACAUCCUGGAUGACAGUGGCUAUGUGAGUGCCUACAAGAAUGCAGGCACCUAUGAUGCCAAGGUGAAGAAGUGAGGCCUGGGAAGGCCCCCCAGCGCGGCUGCCCCAGCCAGAGGCUCAGGCCUGGGCCUAAGGGACAUGUGGAGCAAGAGAGCCCGGUCCCCUUCCUGCUGGACCUGCCACCCAGCGCUUCCUGCACAGCCCCACAGGGCCAGCCCACCAGGCCUCUGACCCAGACUGCUCUGCAUCCCCUUCCCCUUCCUCUUUCCUCCCUGACUUCUGUCCUUUUGUCCGUCUGGGGAGAGUCUGUGCCUAUAGCCUCACCGCCUGAACCUAGCCCUGGGCGUGGCUAACCCCUGCCUGCUUGCCUCAUAUUUAAGCUGCUGCUCUGGCCAAGUGCCUAAUUCUUACCUAGACCUCAAUAAAGAUAGCUUUUUUUACCAGUA